ACCCGAGUGAAAGAAAUAAAUUUUAAUAGCUGUAAUAGUUCAUAUAGUUAAAUAUUUACACCAGUUAGCCAUGAGUCAAAUGCAACUGCAAACGCAGCGCGUUCGCCGCGGACGUCACCAUCACCGUCAUCAGUCCGCAGAGCCCUGCGAGUGUUUACGUCCUGUGAUAAGGGUUUUUGGUCUGCUGACUUCAUUCGUUAUCUGCGGCGUGGGCGUUGAUGUCUACAUGCACGGCUAUCGGGCCGGUCUUUAUAUAGUUUUUUCAGCCGUGCUGGUAAUGUUCAUUGAGAUCAAGUGGCUUGUAACUAUUUUUCUGCAGCUUCAGUGCUCAGAGGAUAAUUACCAGCGGAGAUCCUGCAGCUGUUUGGCCUGCUGGCGUCUUUCAGCGAUUUGUGGCGGCUGGCGACCCACUCCCGUUUAUGCGGUCAUCGGCAUCUGCCUGAUACUGUAUCCCCACAAUUUGUGGCUUAGUUAUGUGGCCGGGAUGUUCCUGAUACUUCUUGGGGUCCUCAGGCUCUGCACGCUGCUCAGAUUCAGCCCCUCAAAGGAAGAUGGCCUCCUGCCUCAGUGCGACUUUGAAAAGGUCUCCAGCUUCGUGGAUAAUAUGGAGGAUGAUUUCGCGGAGGUUAGUGCUUCCCAAGCGGCCUUGGAUGACGAAGCGGAGGAGGAGGGCGACGACCACCCUGUCAUAGAUGAUGAUGUUUGCUAAUAGUUAAGAUAGCUUAUU